AUGGUUGUUCAUCUUCUUUUCCUAGUUGUGUACUACUUGCGGGCAGUUUUCAGGUUUUGGAGUAGCCGUGAUGAUAAUACGAUUCAAUACUUUCGAAUUCAUUGGACUUAUCAUAGUAACAAAAAUUCAUGCCAUUUUAAUGAGCUUUAUAGGAUACUCACAUGGAUCAGAAAUGCAAUAAGGAGCAAUGUUGAAGUGUUUGAUCUUCAGCUCGAUACAACACAUCAGACAGUCUUAUUGUUGCCAUCUUGGUUCUUUCAUUGCCCAUCUUUGAAAUCUCUACUUUUCGACUUUGGAGGGAACUUUCUCAAAUGGCCUUCCCCUUCUUGUUUUUCUGUUCUGUGUAAUCUCCGAGUCUUGAAGUUAAAAAAUGUCACAUUAGAAGGAGAGGACUACUUUUUCAAAUGGAUCUCAUGUUCCUGUAACACCUUCAAGGUGUUACAUCUUGAAGAAGUUCACGCGAUAACAUAUAUGACGAUUGAAAGCUUGUCUUUGGAAUCAUUUAGUUUUGUGCAACAUCAUUCUGGUCAUUUCAGCCAUCUUGAAGUAAUAUGUCCGAAAUUAGAAGUUAUACAUAUUACAUGGAAGUUUUAUUGGAGUAGAAAGAGAUUGUUACAUAUCUGUACUCCAAAUCUUAAAUUUUUGAAAUGGGGUGGUUUUAUGUUGGAUCAUGUGAAUCUGGGGGAUCUAAUGUACCUAGAAAAGGCUGAGAUUUUUCUAGAAGUAAUGACAACUUUGAGUGCUUUCUAUAUACACACUGAUCAAUUCUUUAGAAGCUAUCGUUUAAAGGAAAACGCUGUGUCCACACAUAGCAUGAAUUACUGGGCAUCCCAAAACCUUUCCUGUAUUAAUCGGCUUGAGGAGGUGAGAAUAGAGCUUUCUGGUGCCAAUGAAGGGGAAUUUGAAUAUUACAGACCCGAAAAUUGA